UAUCCGUACGCAAUUCUUUUCACGUUUUACGGGCGAAUAGAAUAAUUUCACGUAAAGAGAAGAAUUAUACGUACGCAAAACUGCAAUGGCUUCUGAUAGAAGCAAUAUGGAUAAUAAUUUUCAAGAAAUGGACGGCGAUGAUAUGCAUGAUUCGUACAGAACACGAUUAGUAAAUCAAAAUGAUGAUACGCCGAAAAAAAAGAAAAAGAUAACGAUAGAAGUAGACGAAGACGAUCCGUGUCUUAAACAACAACCAGAAGAAGAAGGAGUUAAAGAGGAAUUUCAUUUUCAUGGUGCCGAUCCUAGGUUUCAGCAGCAAAACCAAACGUUACGUUGUUGGGUAAUGUACACUGAUUUCUAUCGUUGCGAACGCAUUUUAGGAGAGGGAGCAAACGCGUGCACUUGGUUUAAACAAGUAUUCACGGCGUUAUGUCCAAAUGAUUGGAUUGCUUCUUGGGACAUUCUUAGAGAGGAGAACAAAUUUCCUUGGCACAAAUAUAAAACGCAGGGCAAGUUUCCUGGCGAUAAGUACGGAGUAUAGGGAAAAAUGUUUUGGGACACGGUU